GUUUGCUACAGUCUUUAAAUUUGGAUUCUUUAUCUUGAAAAACAAGUGAUUCAGAAAUCCGGAUCAGUAGACUACUAUCUGAUCUUUGUUUCCAUAUAUUAUGGAUCUAAUUACUGUUGUGAGACGUAGCCAUGAUGAAGAGAGUCCCAGGAAACGCCAACGGUUGAACACCGAGAAUUCUCCUUGGGAAAAUGAGUCUGAUAUUGGUGUUACAGCAUGUGCUGUUUCACCCCAGAAUAUUAUAGCAUUUGCAUGUUAUGGUAAUCUAAAGCCUAAUAUGUCAAAACCAACUGACCAAAACAUGACUGUUGUUGUUUGUGACACCAAUACACCAUGGGAUACUCACAUCGUAAAGAGCUGUGUGGCUCAAGUAACUGUUCUGGAAUGGGACCAAUCCGGGCAUUAUUUACUAAUUGGUGACACAGCUGGAAAUGCAGAGAUUUGGACAACACUCACACAUCUUCUAAAUGAGUGGACCAGAGUUGCCAACAUUUCUCUUCCAGAUGAACCAAUUCAGGCUGGAACAUUUUUCUUUAAUGGGAAGAAGACAGUCUUCAACAGUCAAAAUCGAGAAAGUGUAUCUUACUUGGACAAGUAUACUCAAGUCGAUAUGAAACCAUCUAUCCGUGGGUUUGGAGGUCGUCCUUUACAAGGGUUUUUAGUUGUUGGAAUGACGGGUCUCGUGCAGGCUUUCGUCAUGGGCGGCACAAAGGGAAAAACGACCAACGUAGAAAUUUUGGGUGGUGUACGUUUGGCAUAUUCCUAUGUGGAUCUUGCAUGGACGAAAGAUGGAGAAAUAUUAGCGAUUGCUUGCACUGGUAUCCCGUUGGAUCCGAUUGUCUAUUGUAAGCUAACCAUUCAGAAAGAUGACGGAGUAGAGUUCAGCUGCCUUCUUGACGAAUAUCGUCUUCGUUCUGAAACGCUUACGGGACUUUUUCCGCUGCAAUCAGCAGCUAGCGAAAUGCGCGUGUGUGGAAUAAACUUUAGUUCACGUGAAGACCCAUCAGGGAUUUUCCUACUAGUAAAUGGAAUGAGUAGUGGUACACUGCAGUACUGGGAACUUUCAGAGGUGGAGCGAACAAUUCAUUCGCUAUUCUCCACCUCGGCUGCUACAAGUCGCUAUUUGCAGUGGCAAUGCAUGUCCGUUUUCAAUUGCAACAGCAAAAUUACGUCGGUAUGUCCAUCUCGCAAUGUCUGGGUUAGCGGAUCAGAGGCAGGUGCUCACUCACAGCACCAUUUGGUCAUCACUACCACGUGCGGAGAACUGCUGUGCUUACACCGCGACAGUAUGAAACAAGUUGGACUCCUUAGCAUUGCCGACCGAUCAAAAUGUGAAAAUAAAACGGUCAGUUCGGUAUGUUUCACAGCCACUGGCAAUGCCUUGAUCGCCUUUGAUAAUUCUGCUACAAUGUUUAUCUGCAAACUUUCACCCAUAACGGAUCCAGGCGGUCCGGUCACUAUUCCUUACGCACUGAUGGCGUUGGAGUAUUGUUUAAUAACUGGGAUCGACUACUGGGACGUUCUUAUUGGUUUACGAUCAACCAUGUUGGAUUCACUUUGCGAAAGACUAACAGAUUGCUUUAACCAGCAAUCGAUCGGAUUACAACAAUUGUCGCAAUAUAGAUUACACAAUAUUAAAUUAGCCAUCUUUCGGUUGGGUCCCAGUUCGAAUUCGAAAGCAGGAUUGCAGUAUGGUAUCAUAAUGUUAAAUUCUGUGUAUUCCGCAUUAAAGUCGUUGUUGAGGCCUCCUCCCGAGCUCUUCAAUCAAGACCGAGCACCGGCAGAUAGUCUUACUGCUGUGCUGAGUUCCAAAAUUCCGGAGAUCGGCACGGAAGUUGACAAGGUCUUGCUCCACUUGGAAGUGAAAGAAUUUACUGUUGAACCGUCUACUCUCAUCACAGUGCAGCAUCUUAUUCAGUGGACAGUUACCUUUAUUUUGAGAUUAUUGAACAACCUACCCGAUUGGAGGGCAGCAACUACAACUCGGGGAACAAUGUGCGACAUGCUGCGCGAUCCGAAACUCCUCAACAUGUUUCGAGAAUUAUUGGUCAUAUUCCGCAUUUGGGGUCUCAUUCGUCACUCCUGUCUGCCUACUUUCAGCUACAUGGAAAACGUUGACGUUAUUGCCACACUUUUCCGGAUUCUCACGCGACUUCUCCAAACUUCGGAACCAGAUGAAAGCCUAUUAGAUGAAUGUUGCCAGCUUUCGAGUCAAUUAAUUAUUCCAGACAUUGGACUGUCGUUGCCAGCGCGCGGAAUUGCAAGCCCUAUGUUAUUUAACCAACUGCCAUUACAGUAUGAAUAUGGCAUCCAUCCAGAAGAAACAAGUCUAGCUAAAUAUGACGGGGUCGAAGGAGAGAGCAAAGUCGACUCGAUUCGCCAUGUCUACCUUGGUCCAAAGCCACAUAAUGUUCGUUAUUGCUCUCGUUGCAAAGGUAUCAGCAUCAUCGUCAAAGGUUUACGUGUGGGACGUUCUGCCGCUGCCAAGUCGUGGGACAUGCGGUGGCAAAUGUCGUGCCCAUGUCGCGGAAUGUGGACUCGCCAAGAAGUUCAGUAAGUAAUUUUUGUGUAUACUCGUUUGCUAUGUUGUCGGUUUCUGAAUUUCAUAUCAAAUGUCAUACAUUUUCAUGCGCAUA